UUACUUUACACUAUCAAAAUGGUAAAUUUUUUCUUAUAUCUUUUUUUAUUUGGUCAUCUUUUUAAUCUAAAGAAAUAGCCAACGAAUCGAGUUUUCCAAAGGCAACCCCUUCUUCCCGCUUACCUUUAGAAAACGUGCCCUUUGUUUUAUUUCAUGUGCAAUCUUCAGACAGCCAACGGAACACUUUUUUGUCUUCUCUUACAAAUCAUAUCAUGAGUUUUUUACAACAAAUAAGUGAUCCUAUGCGUGUUACCCACACAAAUGAAACUUCCCGUUAUCUUGUUCAAGUUGUGAAUACACAUUCUCUGUCUUCUCCUGCUGCACAAUUAUCCGUUUUUCAAAUCGACUCAGCUGCCCCUGAUCGUGUUUCUACUGAAAUUGUAUGGGAGUGUCAGCUGCCUUUAAAACAUGUGGUCACUCACCUCGCUAUUUUAAAUACAAAAGGUUCCUUACAAAAAAAAGGUCUUAAUGACUCUUACUGCGUUCUUGAUUGUUCAACUGUUCCUUCUUUAGACACUGACGAAAUUAUUGACAUGGAUCAUUUUGAUAGAUUCAAAAAUCUAAGACAGUCUUCAGAUGAAAAACAAAUAGUACAAAUGCCGCGAGAAUUGUCAAAUAUGCCAUCUCCUUUAGUAUUUUCAACUGCUCUAGAAGAUAAUCAACAAGAAAAAUAUACUACUUCUUUAUAUCCGUCUGUUGAUCAUGAAUCUGAUGAGACGAAGGAAGUAAAAGGCCAUGACACUGUACCGUGGCUUGUUGUUCUUGUGUCAACAAUUGUUGACGAUAGUGAAAAAUGCCACACAAUCACAACAGACUCCCCGUCUUAUUUAUCUGCAUUUGGUAUAGCGACGGGUCUAACAUAUUUAAAAACAAUUCCUUUAAAGUAUGGGUUAGUUUCUGAAAUUCUGUUAAGUUCAAAUUUAAGACAAUGUUUUCAACCAAACAUUGCGGCAUUGACUAACGAUAUAAAAACAAAUAAUCUUUUUGGUUUACUAACAUACUCAGGACAACUUUAUCUUAUUGAAAAUAUCUCUGUAGACCCUCAAACUGCUUUAAAAGACCCUUUUGAAAAAACGUGUACAACCACACGUUUCCAACAAAAGUGCUUACAUCUUCAUGCAUUGGUCUCACAUCAUCAAAUAGGAGUCAAAUAUGUUAAAUUAUUUCAAACACCAUCGAAAUCUAUUAGAGUUUGUGUUUUCUUUUCAAAUGGUGUUGCUUACUGCUAUGAUGAAUAUAAUAUAGCGCAUCGUUUAGAUACUCUGGACUUCCCGCCUUCGGACGCGUCUUGUGCUCUACAGCGCUCUCCAUUUACUCCUUCUGAUCUAUCGAUUUCUCUUGUUAAAGACACAACGAUCGCAUGCUUUGACUCUGUUGCGUUACUUCAAGAGGAAAGUUGGAGACAUCAUUUAUUACAUAAACAAAGAGAAACAGAAGACCCUUUUAAAACAUCCCCCAUAUCUCUUGCGAACAUUUUAGUAAAUUGCCUUCAAAAAUCUUGUUUAAUGGAAUCUCUUGGUAUCACGGAUACAUCGUUCUCUCUUCAGCAUUUACCCCUGGAACAUCUUUGUUCCACAAACACUACAACAACACAAGAUGUCUCUGAAUCCCCAGCGUUACAAACAGCAAAACUAUUAACAUGUUUUACAUUAGACCAUUUAUGCCAUCAGGUCACAACUUCAACAUUGCUUGCGUCAAAAGAGGAAUACCUUUACUGGAUGAUGCUUCUUUGUAUUUACUGUGCUAUUAAUGAAAAGGAAAAAAUUUUGUAUACCUUGUUUAACUCCUGUCUUACAAGUAUGUAUGAAGAGUGUAAAAAAACGUUUUGCAAAGAAACAUUUCAUGAAAUACGAAACCCUUUAAAAUUUCACCCAUCCUUUCAUCCAGUCAAUUCCAAUCAAGACUCGUUGAGUUAUUGUGAGGAUUCCUCUACUUGGUCAACUCUUUCUUCAUGUCCUAUGCAGGAAUGUUCCUCGCAUACUCGACAAGCUGAAAAAGACUCCUAUGAAACUUUUAUUUUUGUUUACUGGAUGGAUUUAAAAAUUCUUUAUGAUAUGAAUUUAUCGCCCGCUUGUUUGUUUUUUGAUUACAUUAUCAAAACGCUACUUCCAUCUUCAGCUUGGAAACAUUUUACUUUAGAUGACAAGCACCGUGUUCUCUUUCCUUUUUAUUCCCCGCCGACGUCACAAGAUGCUUACACGUCACAAGUUCAUAUAGAAGAAACAAAAAGGUUCGAUCCUUUUUACCAUGUCAUUCGUAACGUGUUAAAAAAAAAUGAUCAAGCAGCAAUACCUGCCCUUGUUACUGAAAACCAAUUACAAACAUUAAUUCAUUUAUUUGAAACUAUGAAACAAAAAAUCAACAAACUUCAAAUACCCACAACAUGUAGCCGGAAUCUCUAAAA